AUGUUCAAGGGCCUCUUGGGCGGGGGCCGUUCCUCCUCCAGCACCGACCUUCGCAGCAACUCGAGCUCGAAGGGCGAGCGCCGCCGCAAAUCCGGCCAUCGAUCCUCUGCUUCAUCGACAGUAAGCCACAAGUCCUCACGGGGUGACGACCGUGAUCGGGGCUUGGGCGACCUGUCCGCCUACUCAUCGCCAGGCAGCGCCAGUCGAAGCAAGCGCUAUGCGGAAAGCGCAGCAGGCGAGUCUGUUGCUUCGAGCUACGCGACCGCGCAACCGAAUUACUCGGACGAUCGCAUUGUUUCCGAACGAGCCUUGAAGCGCAGCAAAGAUUCAGAAUACGAUGACCGCGACGACCGCGACCGCGACCACUAUCGAGAAGACCGUACUAGAGAUAAGGAUAGACAGCGGAGGCGCACCAGGUCAGAAAGGGAAUAUGAGGGAGAAAGAGACCGUGAUGAUCGUGACAACCGCCGCCGGGAGCGCGAACGCGAGCGGACGCACUCUGGUGAUGAUGCGCACUUCCCGCCUGUUGCGAGCGGUGCGGUGCCGGCACCAUUCGAUCAAGCUCAAGAUCCCUCUCAACCCUCCGCUCCUGAAAACCACAAGCCUCAGUCCGCGCCGGGAAACGUGGAUUCGCCCACUAUUUACGAUCCACAUGUUCAACAACAAUUUCCAGGACAGUUUCCAACCACUUUUGCUGAGCCUUACCGACCGCCAAACCCUGCUGGUGAAGCGGCCGAUUACUAUGGCGACCAAGGACAGUCUGUCCAAGACCAACCAGGCGUUCGACCCAAGCCACCGCUGGUUAUUCCCAACAGCCAGGCGCACUUGAUGACAGCCUCGCCAUCCGCGAACCCGCCUCCAGAGCCGAGCAGUGUAGGAGAGGUUGGUGCCGCUGCAUCGUAUUUUGCAGCUGAUCCUGGACUCGACGCUCAUACCUCUGAGCAACCUAUUUCCGGCCCGCAAGCCAAACCACCAAAGCCGUCCAAGCCAUCAAAGCCAUCCCACUCUGCGGGUCAAGCAGCAGCAGCAGCAGCAGCAGGAGGCGCCGCAACAUAUGGGCUGGGAGAUUAUUCUGCGGAACAAGUUCUAAGUGAAUCUCCUACUGCAUAUGCCACUCCCACAACCACGAACCAAGGCAAGCCACCACAUUCCAAUUCCCACGGCGUGGGUGCUGCAGUUGGUGGUGUUGCAGCUGGCGCAGCAGCUGGUUACAUGUUGAGCCAUCACCACCAUUCAUCGUCGUCAGCCUCUGACCAUGUUUCUCAAUAUUCCAUGCAAAAUCCGGAUGAUACCUCGCAGAUCGGACAGGGGUAUUCCGGCGCGCCAAUGAAUCCGGCUCUAUAUGGCGUGGGCGCGGCAGGCGCUGCAGGCGCUGCAUACGCUGCUAGUCCCUUGCACCCACACCAUGCUGCUAUCUAUCAUGGAUCUCCUUUCCAGGGCGGCGCGAUGGCCUAUCAGCAGCGCCAACGCGGACCAUUUGAUAAGUUCAUUGAUUUCUGGCGUGACCCUGAGGGCGUUGGCAAGUUCGAAGAUUACACCGAAGAGAUUGGGGUUUGCAGAUAUUGUUUCGAGCCGGGUUCAACCUCCAGAAAUGCACCUCGUCCACAUAACUAUGGGCGUCGCCGGUCGUCUGAUCGCAUCAGUUCAGGCUCGCGAGUGGAUAAACUAAGUCGAUAUGGGUCCUCGGAGGAUGAAGGCCGCCGGCGCAAGUCUUCGAAGUCAUCCUGGCUACCAGCAAUUCUUGGCGGAUAUGCCAUGAAAUCGCUUUUCGACAAUAAGGAUUUUGAUGACUCCUACAGUGUUAAAUCCGGUCAAGUCUCCGGCGCCUACCCAGACAGUGACAGCUCCGCCUCGGACAAGAAAAGUCGAACUUCACGUGGUGUUUAUAAGCGAUCACACCGCACCCGUUCGCAGGAACCUGCUGGUCGGGCCGAUUACUAUGACUCGAAGCCCAGCGGAUAUGAAGGAUCGCGAAUUGCCGCUCGGCCUCGCUCCCGUUCUCGAUCAUCAUCAAGAUCCAACCGCCAUAGCCAUACACUUCGCGACGCUGCCAUCGGUGCGGCGGUAGGUGGUGCGGCCAUGUCAAUGGCUAAAUCCCAUCAUCGGGAUCGGAGCCGCAGCAACAGCCCCAGUCGCUCCGUGCGAAAGCCUAGAGGUAGGAGGAGGAAGUCGUCCUCGUCCUCUGGCUCAUCGUUUGAUAAUAUUUCACGACCUGCUAAGAACUCGGCCGGCGGUUUUGGCUCCUUUUUCACUGCUUCUUCCGAUAAUCGCAACAAGCGACGCAAUAAGCGAAGCAAGAGCAUCUUCUCUUUCAACAAUUCUUCUUCAUCGUCUCUCGAUAACGAUCUUGCUUUUGGAAGCGGGUACGCGAAGAAGUUGAUAGGUAAGUCUAAGAGACGGAACUCUAAGGAGAAAAAGAACAAAGACGUGGACGCGAAAUUGCUGGCGCUGGGCGCAACAGCAACUGCGCUAGCUGCUUCGUCUCCUCGUCGAAACCGCCGGACAGGUGAAGUAUUCGUUGGCCAAGGUUCCCGUUCUGGUCGAUCGGAUUAUACCUCAUCUGCUAGCAAUGAUGAAGACUGGGAAGACUUGGACUCGGAGGGCCAGGCGUCUAGUGUCAGCUCAGCGCUUGCUUUCGGUGCUAGUGCAAGUGGAAAUUCGUCGGAUUCGUCGAGUUCAGGAUGGGGUUGGGUCUGGGGAGGCAAGAAUAAAAAGAAGUCGAAGAAGCACUCCGGCUCAAAUGAGAAACACUUCCCCACCGGUGCCGCUGCCGCCGUAGCUGCUGGGGCGUUGGGAACAGCAGCGUUGGGUUCUGGUUAUCAUCGGGACAACAAGGCUCCCAGCCAAGCUCCAAGCAGUAGUACGGCGAGCCUUCAGCAUGUGGCCCCAAUACCCACAUCCGACCCUGGCCGUUACGAUGCCGCUCCACUAUCGUCUUUCCCUCCAUCCCAGCCGCAACUGAUCCGACCAGGCUCUAUCCCUCUUCAACAGCCCCAGCCAGUCACGCCUGUCUCCCAAGCCGUGUACACUACCCAGGGAGCUCCCAUCCAUUCCUACAGCGCCCCGGUCAUACCAGCUUUCGAAAGCCCGUUCCCCUCUUAUGAAUCCCAGCUGCGGGAGGUGGAGGAGCGCCAGGAGGACCGAGGGAGUUCCCGUUAUCCUCAACCUCUCAACGAGCUUCCGAGGGCCGAACGCCGCCAUCGACGAAGCGACUCCACUCCUAUAUUCCAGAGUGAUCCCAUUGAACCCGCACCAGGUUCAGGUCUGAAACGCCGUUCUACGACAAGGGACCAAGCUUCUGUCUCGUUUAACCUAACCGAUGAGCAAGAGGAUAAACAGCGACGUACAGAACACCUGGAGAGAUUGAAGAACGAUUUGGGCCGCCGGGACCGUAUCGAGCUCCUUGACUACGAGGAGGAUACGAAAUCUGCACCUGCCGGUUACGCUUCGAAACGGUAUAGGGACACUGAGCCUGAGCGGGAACGUGAGCGCGAACGAGACCGUGACCGUGAAUUUGACCGUGAACGAGAGCGGGAGUCAGAAAGCCGCUUCACCAAGGAUGACCUGAAGCGCGAUAGAGACACUGGUGAAAGAUGGCGCGAACGGUCGGAACAGCGACGAGCCGAGCGUCGACGUGCAACUGAUCCCUCUGCGAUGUCUUCUGCUUCAUCCGACAUUCCGGAGCGACCAAAGCCGCGAGAAGUAGUUGAGGAACGAGCCAGCUCAGCUAGCCCCUCAGACCAUGUCAAGACAUCGGCUUUCCGUGGCGUCCGUAACAAGAAGGCCGUUUAUGAUGACUAUGCGGCAUUCUUCUACCCAGAUGAGCUGCGUUACAGCCCUGAUUCUCAGAGUCGACGAGAGUCACCCACAAUGCCGACGAUUGUUGAAAUAGAGCCUGCAAGCGAGUCAUCUCGGGAAAAGCCGCAGGAGCCACCGUUUGACUCCUCUUUUGAGCCAACUCCUGACUAUAGAGGAUUCAAAAACUUGCCAUGGCCUGUGCCUAGCUUGAGGGUCAUCGAGCCAACGCCCCCUCACAGCGUCAGUGGCUCCGUGAGAGGUACAUCAUCGCCCAUAAUAACGCCGGCAGAGCCAGUUCAAGUCGAAGAAGAACCAGAACGACCAACUGGCUCUCGCGUAUCUUGGGCGGAUGAAGACAGACGUCAUGAGUAUGAAGUCCCUUCUACUUCCUCUGAACGCAGUUCUAUCGAUCUAAAUGAAAGACAACGCGACUCCAUUCCCGACGCUACUACUACUCGUGACGGCCCCAUCGACUAUACAUACAUCGAACCGUCUCACGCUCAUGUGGAAGACACGAACGACGAGAUCGAAUUUGCCGCCACUGUCGCUGCGGCGACGCAGGCAGCUGGAUUUGACCCAUCCCUUGUGACAGAUGACCCAGUCUUCCGCACACGAACUUCACCUCCCGGAUCUGAUACUCGCGAAAGAUCAAUUUCGCCCACCACCAGGGUUCCUGCCCAUCCCGAACAAUUCCAUGGAUAUGUCGAGGGCGAAGUUGAGACUCCCGAGGCGGCCAAACCCAAAUCGCAAUUCUUCUCAGAUGAAACCAUCUUCCCCGGGCCUAAACCUACCUUUUCCAACAGCUGGGCUGAAAGGGGAUGGGAUUAUGGGUCUCAGCCUUCAGCUGAGCAGCCUGUGGUUGAACACAUCGACAGAGUGGAGACCGAUCCUGCCGAUGUGCCACUUCCUCGCAGUGUUAUUGAAACAUCUGAUAUCCAAGAGAAACCGACAGGCCGAUAUCCACGGCAAGAGUCCGACUCCCCUGGUGAAGAAGAGUUCUUCAUGCCAGGGGGGUUUGAGCCCGAAGAGUCUGCGAAACCAAAGCGACGCAGCCCUUCGCCCACCACAGAUGCCAUUCCUCAGUCAACCGUUUCAUACUCUGACACAAGGGAAUUUGGGCCUGAACCUCUUCGACGAACCGAGACAGAGGGCACCGAGACCGAUCAAAAUGAUGUCGCUGAAUCGGUUGUAGGGACCGAAGACGGAACGGAGGGGAAGAAGAAGAAGAGAAGAAAGAGACGUUCAAAGCGCGAGAGUGACACGUUUGACGAUACCGCUUCAGUGGCAUCCUCCGUGGCUACGGAGAGCAGUGACAAACGCAGGAGCAUGGAAGAUAAAGGGAAGAAGUCUGGCGGUUUCCUAAGCAGCAUUUUCGGAUCUAGAGUGUCCGAGCCAGUAGAAAGCAAGAGAUCCCCUGAGAAGCCUGUAUCUCGCGAGGUUCAGUCUGAGAUUGGAACACGCACCUUUGAUGAUUCCAGCCGCCGCCGCAGACAUCGAAGCUCGAGUCGAGGCGACUCGCUGGAUGGAAGACGCCGAUAUGAUGACCGCGAGUUGGAUCGCGAAGACAACUUUUUGGCGGAUAAGGACGUUAAUGUGGAGAGUUAUAAGUCGAGCAGGCAACGCAGGGAGGAUAAGCGGAAGCAACUUUAUGGGGAUUCGGAGUACGAGAAGGUAUAG